AUGGCCGGAGAACUCGUUCUGCUUACUGGUGGCACCGGCUUUCUGGGGUACACCAUUCUAGUAGACCUCCUGAAGAGCGGCUAUCGAGUUCGUGUUGCGGCUCGUUCUCAGGCCAAGAUCGACAAAGUCCGGGCGGCUCCUUCAAUCUCUGCCAUGGAUCCCUCCACGACCCAGCUAAUGUUUGUGAUCGUGCCGGACUUGGCAGCCGUUGGCGCGUACGAUGCCGCCGUACGGGGAGUCGACUUCAUCAUCCAUGCUGCCGCACCUGUCCCGACAAGCCAGAAACCGACUCCUUCGAAAGAGUCACUGGAGGAUGUCUUUGUCACAGCCUCUGUGAAUGGCAACCUGGGUCUUCUCAAGUCCGCAAACGAGAAGGGCAAGACGGUGAGGCGCAUCGUCAUGACCAGUUCCACGGUAGCCAUCGCUCCUCCUGAAGUCUACGUCACAGACACCAAGGAGCGCGAGGUUGUACGCGGGCCCGAGACCCGCGUGGUCGUUCCGGCGCCGCCGUAUGACUCUCAGCUUCAGGCGUAUGUCGCGAGCAAAGCUGCAGCCCUCAACGCCUCGGAGGCAUUCAUGAGAAAUAACACCACGAGCUUUGACCUGAUCUCCAUCAUGCCAUCCUGGAUCUUUGGCAAGGAUGAGCUCCUCACCAGCACCAAUGACAUGCGCAAUAGCUCCACCAAUGUGCUGCUCUACAGCUUGUUGACCGGCAACCAGGGAGAAGCCAUGAUCGGAAACGUCGUUCUCUGUUCCGAUGUGGCUCGCGCGCAUGUCAGGGCACUGGAUUCGGAUGUCGACGGAAAUCAGUCCUUUGUCCUCAACGUUGAAGGGAAGUGGGAGGAUAAAAUCCCCAUCGUCAAGAAGAACUUUCCUGAAGCCUUUAAAUCCGGUCUCUUUCGGGAGAGUGGUCCGCAGCCGACUAUACUCUUGAGAUGGGAUUCGAGUAAGGUACGAGACGUUCUAGGUAUAAGCCUGGCUGGGUUUGAUGUAAUUGUCAAAGAAGCGGCUGGUCAGUACCUGGAAUUGGUGGAAAUGGAGAGCAAGUAG